AUGAGGGAGGAUGGGAUCCAGCCAACUGAAAUUCUCUUGAAACAUAGCAAUAUGAUUAAAGAAGAAGAAGAAGCUUCUACAUCACAGGCAGAUGUCCUUGCUGUUUUGGCGAGUAAUGAGGAUGGUUUAAGUAAUGAAGACUUGAUGAAGCAAACUGCGGGGAUGGAUGUCAAAGCACGUGGUGAAGCAGUUAAUGCCUUGUUGUCAUCAGGUAAAAUCGAAAUGUUACCUGGUCAUACACCUGGCGCAUUUAUCUUACGUCUAAGAAAAGGUACACAAAUUGCCGAUGCUACGCACGAGGAACAGUUGAUUUAUUCACUAAUUGAAGAAUCGGGUAAAAAAGGUAUUUGGAUAAGGGACAUUCGUGAUCGGACUGGUUUAUCACAAACACAAAUGCGUAAAGUUCUAAAAGUAUUAGAACAACGCAAACUUGUUAAAUCCAUUAAAGCGGUAGGUACGACAAAAAAAUGCUAUAUGUUGUAUGAUGUUGUGGCGGAUGAAUCGUUGACAGGUGGAACAUUCUAUUCUGACCAACAGCUGGAUUCGCAGUUCGUCGAAACUCUGGCACAUAUUUGCGUGGCGAUGUUGCAGGUGGAUUUUUAUGGUGACAUAGUUAUGCCAAACAAAAGCAAGAGGAAAUUCUCUGAAGAUAACCACAAAAAUGAUCCUGCAGCUGCUCGGGAAUUUGCAUUUGUCCAUUCCGCCGAGGUGGCGCAAUUCAUUCGCGAAAAGGGUGUUUCUCGUGUGCAACUGAAUAUUGCGGAUAUUGAAAGUAUCCUAUCAGUAGCACUGUUGGAUGGUUUGAUUGAACGACGCGCAGAUGGUAUGUAUCGUGCCCUGAUAGCUAAGACGACCCGUUGUGCUCCAUCUCUUUGUCCUUGUAUUCACUGUCCUGUUGAGGCUGAUUGUAGACCAGGCUAUAUAAUAUCACCGCAGAAUUGUGAAUAUUUUUCAAGUUGGUUAAGUUGGUAG